UCGUCUUUCUCUACCCUUGCUCCACUCUGAUCAGCUUUAGGCUUUAUAGCUUCUCACUCUCUCUGAAAGCUCUCUGUCUUUUGCAAUACCCUCUCUCUCUUUUCCUCUUUCGAUACUCAAUGGGAAUGGCGGUUGUAGAGAGACCAACAGUUGGGGUGUAUAACGUCCCUCCGACAGCCAUAGCCGAGGAGCUUCUCCGCUUCCUCGAGUCCCAAAUUGGACCUGACUCAGUCUUCGCCAUCGACAUUCCCACCGAUCGCAAAAACUGGAAGCCCCGCAGCUACGGCCGAGUGCAGUUUGCCUCUCUCGAGGCCAAGUCCAAGGCUCAAUCUCUCUCUCUACAGAAUAAACUUAUUUUCAAAUCGAAAACCCUCAAAAUCGAUGAAACUUACGACGACAUCAUUGCUCGUCCUGUGUUGGACAAUCACCGUGUUGAUAAGGGGGUUUUGCAUGUUGGUUUUAUGACUGACAAAAAUAGUCUAUGCGUCGUGGAGACCUUCAAGAGGGUGAGGGUUUGGGUGAUGCCAGAGAGGAGGAGAGUGGAGUUCUGGGUGUGGCAGGGCGAUGAAUGUUACAAGUUGGACAUCAUGUUUGAGGAUAUUUUGGAGGCUGAUGGGUGCUGUUUGGAAAAUGCUCAGCUUGAUGCACUCCUGCUGAAACUUAGGUAUGGGCCGAGGAUUUAUAAGAAAGUCUCUGGGACUGAUAUUGCUUCGAAGUUCAGUACUGAUCGAUACCAUUUCUGUAAGGAAGACUUCGACUUUGUCUGGGUUCGCACAACAGACUUUUCUGUUAUGAAGUCAAUUGGACACUCAACGUCAUUUUGUUGGGACAUGGUUGAUGGGUCAUUGGCUUAUGAUAUAUUAUCAAGUUUUCCGAAUUACAGAGAAGAUAAGAUAGAUCUAAUUCUGGAGGAUGGGGAGGAAUUUCGCUCUGCAUCAGAGAUUGUUCCAGUUGUAAAAGGUGGAUCGGAUUCUAAUCUAGCAUACAAUAUCCUUUUCCAGCUUAAUUCCCUGGUUCAUUGUCAAAAAAUUAGUCUCGCUGCAGUAGAUAUUGAUCUGGUUCAGAUUUUUGGCAGGCUACCAAAUGACACUGCCCUAAUGAUUUUUCAGAAGUUGCACAAGUUGAAAUCUACUUGUUUUGAUCCUGUCUCAUUUGUAAAGACUCAAUUGUUUGUCCUAAAUAGAAGUUGUAAGACAGCUCCCUUAUCAUCUCCAAACAGUUUAACAGAUCGGAACAUAAUGAGCUUCCAUAGAGCCUUGAUUACCCCAUUGAAGAUAUAUUGCUUAGGUCCCGAACUUGAGACCUCGAAUUACGUUGUAAAGCACUUCGCAUCUUAUGCUUCAGACUUCAUUAGAGUUACUUUUGUUGAAGAAGACUGGAGCAAACUUCCAGCAAAUGCUGUCUCAACAAGCAUUCAUAAAGGGUUUUUUGCAAAACCUUUUAGGACUACCAUCUAUCAUCGGAUAUUGUCAGUUCUUCGAGAUGGUAUUGUUAUUGGACCUAAGAGGUUUGAGUUUCUGGCUUUCUCGGCUAGUCAACUCCGGUCCAAUUCUGUUUGGAUGUUUGCCUCCAAUGAGAACGUAAGGGCAAAAGAUAUCAGAGAAUGGAUGGGUUGCUACAACAAGAUUCGCAGUGUGUCUAAAUGUGCUGCUAGGAUGGGUCAGCUGUUUAGUUCUUCUUGGCAAACUUUCAACGUACCUGCUCGAGAAGUGGAACUUAUUCCUGAUAUUGAAGUUAAUUCUGAGGGCAAUAACUACUGCUUCUCCGAUGGUAUUGGGAAAAUUUCUCUUUCGUUUGCCAGGCAAGUUGCUCAGAAGUGUGGAUUAAGUCAAACUCCUUCAGCCUUUCAAAUUCGAUAUGGUGGCUAUAAAGGUGUUAUCGCUGUUGACCGUACUUCCUUCAGGAAACUGUCUCUGCGUAAGAGUAUGCUUAAAUUUGAAUCAGAAAACACGAUGCUUAAUGUGACUAAAUGGAGUGAGUCAAUGCCCUCGUAUUUGAAUAGAGAGAUUGUUUCCCUUUUGUCCACCUUAGGAGUGAGUGAUGAAACAUUUGUGGCAUUGCAACAGACACAGUUGGAUCUGCUGGGAAAUAUGUUUACUAGUAGACAGGCAGCUUUGGAUGUCUUGGAGGGCUUGGGUUGGGCUAAUUCCAGAAACUUCCUGGUGAAGAUGUUGCAUCAAGGUUAUGAGCCUAAUCUUGAACCUUAUCUCUCAAUGAUGCUUCAAGCAUAUCAUGAGAAUAUGCUGUCUGAUUUAAGAAGUAGAUCUCGUAUAUAUGUCCCAAAAGGCCGCAUCCUGGUUGGGUGCUUGGAUGAAUCUGGUAUCCUAAAUUAUGGCCAAGUUUAUGUUCGUGUAACCAUGACAGAGGCUGAGCUAAAGGGUGGGGAUCAGAGUUUCUUCCAGAGAGUGGAUGAUACAACAUCUAUUGUUGUUGGGAAAGUGGUUGUCACUAAAAAUCCUUGUCUUCACCCAGGAGAUGUCAGAGUCCUUGAUGCUAUCUAUGAAGUGGAGUUAGAGGAGAAGGGUUUGCUGGACUGCCUUGUAUUCCCACAAAAAGGAGAAAGGCCUCAUCCAAAUGAAUGCUCGGGUGGUGAUCUUGAUGGUGACUUAUUUUUCAUAAGUUGGGAUAAAGACCUUGUCCCAUGUCGGACUGAGACCCCAAUGGACUAUAUUGCACGAAGGCCUCGUAUCAUGGAUCAUGAUGUCACUUUAGAGGAAAUCCACAAGUUCUUUGUUGAUUACAUGAUCAAUGAUUCUUUGGGUGCGAUUUCCACUGCGCAUUUAGUUCAUGCUGAUUGUGAACCGGAUAAAGCUGGGAGCAAAAAAUGUCUUCAGUUGGCUGACCUCCACUCCAUGGCUGUCGACUAUGCAAAGACAGGAGCACCAGCUGAGAUGCCCAGGGUUUUGAAACCAAGAGAAUUCCCUGAUUUUAUGGAGAGGGCAGACAAACCAAUGUACACCUCCUCAAGGGUAUUAGGAAUACUCUAUCGUGCCACACUUCAAUCAACGGCGCAAGCUGGAUCAAAGAUUGCUUUCCAUGAGAAUACAGCUGAAGGAACUUAUGAUCAUCAUCUUGAAGUGGAGGGUUUUAAGGCAUUCCUUGAAAUUGCUCAAGGUCAUAAGGAGAUGUACAUCGAGAGAAUUAGCGCAUUGAUGAAUUAUUACAGUGCAGAGACUGAGGAUGAAAUACUGACGGGUAAUCUGAGAAAGAAGGCAGCGUAUCUGCAGCGUGACAACAGGAGAUAUGGAGAGAUGAAGGAUCGGAUUUUGCUAGCUGUUAAAAGCCUACAAAGAGAGGCGAAAGAGUGGUUCGAGAGUAAUUGCAAGCCGGACGAGCGUGAGCAGAUGGCCUCAGCAUGGUAUCAUGUAGCUUACCACCCUACUUAUAAAAGCGUAAACUGCUUGAGCUUUCCAUGGAUUGUAGGCGAUAUUUUGUCGAACAUAAAGUAUGCGAAUAGCAGCAAGAUUCAUAUGUGAAGUUAUGAACCACUAAAAUGUGUAGUCAGUUAGGAAUGUUAUGUUUCUUAAAAUCCCCUUAUAUUGACUGUUGAACUGCUGUUGUUAAUCAAGGAUUGUGUGGAGUUGAUAUGUGUGUA